AUGUCUGCGCCGUCACUUUCGCAUCUGCUUCACUCGAGCGCAACGUCGGAACCAAACCCACCGUCGAUAGCUCACGAUCCUGCCCAAGGCGUCCCCUCCCAAGGCCACUCGGCCCCGUUCAACCACAGACCUCUCCCGCCUUCUCCUCCGCCGCCGCCGCCCGUCUCAGUCUCGCUGCCUCCUUUGCAUUCUUCCCCGAACGGUCCUCAGGUACAUGGUCACACCCAUGCUCCGGUUCCGGUUCCGGCUCCAGCAUCAACACCGACGAACCAGAGUCACUCGAUGAACGCGAGCUUGUAUCAAUGCGCCGAUUGCAAACGACGGUAUUCUCGCCCCGAACACUUGGCCAGACAUAUACAGACACAUACGUUGGGAAAGCGGUUUGCCUGCCAACUAUGCGGCAAGGCUUUCGCUCGCGCUGACCUUCUCAAGCGUCACACUGCGAACCAUGAGAACGACGGAGAUAGCUCCAAGAAGCGACGGCGAACGGAUGCCUCUCCGGGCGCUGGUCGCGUGUCUCAUGCGUGUCGCCCAUGUGCUGCCGCUCGGGUCAAGUGCGAGGAGGCGAAGCCAUGCACGCGAUGUCGGAACAGGAACCUAACCUGCGAGUUUGCCUCGACGGAGCCUGGGUCUACGGCUGCGAUGCACCUGGUCCAUUUCUCCGCGAGCGCCCACGGCAACAUGAACCCGCCAGGCCCACCAUCCAACAUUUCCUCCGCUUCUAGCCCGGCAACGUACCACGAUCCAGGUCAAUCAGGCCAAUCAGGUUCUUCCGGUACCAUGCACACCAUGGGUGAUAGUCCUGGGAAUAUGUCGACUGCGGUCAUCGAACCGGAGCAAGGGCAAUUGCCAACCCCAGACGCCAUGGUUGAGCAAGGCAACUAUGAUGGACACAAUCAGUCUUAUGUCGCGAAUGGCGCAGUUGACUUGACUCGUCUGCCGUUUACCGACUUUCUCAGGGAUGUCUUAUACGAUCAGGACCCUUCGAGAUUGGCAGGAGCCCAGGGCCUGGCCGUCCUGGACUUCUGCGACGAUACGAACUAUGAACUCAAUGAAGUUGACUUUGGGUUGCUGGACCAUUGGAACGUUGACGCCAUGGGUGACCGUGCUAUCGUGACUCAAGCACCGACGCCUCACACCGAUGAGUCGAGUGUGGACAUGACGGAAAUGAGACAGAAACUGGUCAAGAUCUGGACCGAUUCCCCAUGGCGCUGGAUACCCGAUAAUCGGGAUCACGGCUACGGGGAACACGGCAACCUGCCUCUGCCCUUUCGAGACUCGGCAAGCCAGCAGUUCCAAGAAAGUCAGAAGCGAAUGGAUCGGGUGGUUCAAGACAAGCUAGAUCCAUCAAGCCGAGACAAGGCGCUAUCCGUGGUCCUCAAUACGUGCCGGAGCGAUGCCAUACGUACGCGGGUUGCUUCCUCGUUCCCGUCUGCCGAAGUUAUGGACACUCUCACGCACAUAUUCCUGGCCUCCCAUCUGUGUUCCGUGUCUGGCUGGAUUCACUUCGGUACCUUCGUCCUCAAUGCACAAUGGCCAGAAUGGCUGGCAACCGCAGCGGCUGGCGGCGCGGUCAUGACUCCAAUUCCGACGUUGAGGAAAUUCGGAUUCGCAGUACAAGAAGCAGUUCGUCUUGCUAUACCGUCAAGAUUUGAAGAGAACAAUACUGGUAUUGUAGAUAUCGGUCUCGUACAGACGCUUGUUUUGGUACAAGAUAUCGGCCUCUGGAGCGGAAACAGACGGAAGAUGGAAAUCGCCGAGUGCCACUUGCUAAUACCAAUAACUAUGAUGCGAUAUCGAGGAAGAUUCCAGCGUUCUUCGUAUGCGGCCAUCUCGGUUGACGAGCACGAUGAGGGCGACGUGCUUGAACAUAAAUGGAAACGCUGGUACGAGAUGGAGUCAUGGAAGAGGCUGGCCUUCCACUGCUACCUGCGAGAUUCACAGACAUCAAUGACCACGUUGUCGACUCCAACAAUGUCAUAUGCAGAGCUAACGCUCCCUCUUCCCGAAUCCAAAGAGUUGUGGUUUGCCAGAACAGCUCUUGAAUGGAAACGACAAUUCCUGCCUCGGUCUGCUGGCCAAAGCAAACGACCUCCUUGUCUAGGGGAUAUUUUGCGCGACAUCAACCUUCUGAUGACGAAUCACCGGCGACUGGAUGCUCAGUUUACGGUAUCUAUUUACCUUCACGCGUUCUGGAAUCUUAUCUUCGAGUGGCGGCAGCUGAGCGCCGUGCACCGCUCAAACACAUUCUUGAACAACUACCAGGCAGGGCCCAAUCUCAUACUCAACUCGCGGCAUCAGGAGCUCUGCAAAGCGUUAUCGAGUUUUCAACUGGUCACCGCAGACUGGCAUGCAUCACUUUCAGCACAAGAGUCAUUGCUUCUCAACCUGGUCCUACUAAACUUACACGUAUGUCUCGACGACCUUCAGUUGUUCGCAGGCAAAGAAGGGGAGGACCAGGCACGGCGGGUCUAUCCAAUCCUCCGACGAUGGUCAGAAAGUACCGAAGCACGGCAAGCCUUGUGGCACGCAGGGCAGAUUCUUCGGCAGGCCAAGAUGUAUCCACCUGGUCAUCUCAAGGACUUCUAUGCGGUUGGCGUACACCACGCAGCUCUGGCAUUAUGGACUUACGGCGUUGUCACAAGGGCAACGCGAAACCAACCCCCUGCGAAUAUGCCCCAAGAAGUGGUCUACGUUGACGGCAUAGAAUCGGCCGAGAUACAGCGCUUCAUUGAGUUCGGACAAGGGCGGCCGACUAUCCGGGGGCAGCGCUGUGAGAACGGACAGGAGAUAGAAUCGGGGUUGGAAGACCCGAGGGCUUGCAUGAUCAUCGUGCAGGAAAUACUUCGAAUGAACUUCGGCAAUGGCCAGGAUCUCCUGCCACCCAUUGUCGAGAAUCUCUGUCACCUGAUCAAUCAACUUGGCGGGGCGGCGUGGGCAGUCGGACUGGGGUGA